AUUUAGUUUGCAUCGUACGCUUCCCGAGUGUGGAACGCCUGAAAACAGUGUCUCGGAACGUCGCUCGGUCGUCGUCGUCGCGCUCGUGUCGUGGGAGGCUUCACUCGGACUCGGACACGGAGUGUAUGUGAAGGAUUUUCUUAAAUGUUUGCUGCUGUCAGUUUUCGUGAACGGGGAAGAAAAAAAUUACUGCCAAGAAGCAGCAGCUGGAUUCAGUGAACAGGAGGAAAACAAAAACGAGACAUUUUCCUCAACAGUCCAGAAGUGCAGUGGGGAAACGUGCGGUUUUUCCAGAAUAUUUACAAACCGAAACAAGAAUCCUGCUGUAAUUUGCAUCAACAUUCGUCCAUUAGUGAGAAAGUUCAUUCACGAAAAGAGUGGUGAAGUUUAGAGUGUGGUGAAAGGCCCGAAGAACAACCAAGCAGGCCGAAUGCGGAAAAACGCAAUGUGAGCAAAAAGUAACCCGAAAAUCAAUGAAAACUCAGUCAGUGCCUCCUUCGGCGAGUCUUCGUCGUUGUCGGGCGUUUUGCCAAGUGGGGCUGCCCAAAGGCGGGUGAAAAAAGGUCACACAGAAGGCUGAAUGAGACGAGAUCCUAGUGGGCCACGAAUAUUAUAUUAUCUUUAUUAUUUAACGUGUGUCAUCUGUUACUACUGGUGACUACACGACUGGUCCUGAUUGCUGCGAUUAGUGAAAAAGAGAGAGAUAGAAGAAAGUGAGUGGAUUCCCAGGGAAAAAUAGAUGCGAAUAAAUGAAUGAAUGAAUAAAGAUGGGACCGUGCAGAUAAGGAUGUUGUACGAAAACGCAGCUUUCGGUUCUUUCAGCGGAGGAAAAACUUGGGAGUCAGUCAACCACGUCCAAAAGGCACAGAAAAAUUUGCCAAGAAGCAUUUAAAGAGUAGUGCACAAGAAAAAGAGAUAAAGAUUUUGUGUGUGUUAUCAGUGCCCGUUUUUUGUGUUCUUGUGCUUUCGAUUAUUUUCUGUUUCGGUGUUUUUACGGUGGCUUCAGGGAGCAGUAAGGACUUUCUCGGAAAGUUUUCGACAAAACUACAGUGGAAAAAAGUACACCAGCAAAGUUGUCGGUGCCUCGAUGUUACGAUUUUUGGAGAGAAAAAGUCGCCUUCCUUUUAGCGAGGAUUAAUGUGCAAGCGUAAUCAGAAAGUUUGUACUCAUCACAAUCAUCAUCAACCGUAGGAACAACAUCAACUACCCAGUAGAGAUCGGAAACAGUACACGCUAAAUGCAUUCAUAGUGAGAAUGUGACUGACUUGCUGCGGAAUGUUACAGUUUAGAAAUCACGUAACGACUCACACACAAUCACACAUUUUCCAUUGUUGGUAAUAGCACUAGUGCGAUAGCGGAAAGUCGGUCGGAUUCGAAAAAAAAAAGAUUCAGAUCAAGAACAAUAGCUUCGUGCUGGAUGCUGGAAAAAUCUAAAGCGGGAAAAAAGAAUAGGAAGUCGGCUCACGAUUUCGCUCUCCGUACCUUAUAAGGCGGUGUGCUAAUGCGAGUUUAUCUUACUGAGUGUGUAUGUGUUGUUUAGAGUUUUAACAGAAAAACUAAAAUUGCGCCCGGGGCUUAGCGAAGUAGGAAACAAACACUCGUGUGCUCCAUUUUGGGACUCAACCCCCGAGAUCUCCCGAGUGUCACUAUAUCAGUAGUAAUGCCCCCAAUAUGGGCUGCCUCCUGGACGGAGUUCCGCCUUCAGCUCCACCAGAUGUGCCACCGCGUAAUCCCACAAUGAGUCGAAUGAAUGGACGCGUCACCGGUAACCCUACGGAGCUAGGCGUCGACUUCGAGCCGUCGUGUCUGGUGCGAACGCCAUCGGGCAACGUGUACAUUCCGAGCGGAAAUCUAGCAAUUAAUAACAAAGGAUCACCAAUAGACUACAAAACGGGCUCGGCCUGCUCAACGCCGACGAAGGAUACGCUCAAGAGCUACGACCGAAACUACAUGGGGCCAGUUCUGCCACCACGGAGCGCCAUGUGCAGUCCCCCAUCACACCACUACUCAGCGCCGCUCAACUUCCGGAAGGGCUUCACCUUCAACAAAUGCACGUGGAAGUGCACGGCGAUAUUAGUUAUACUAUUAAGUGUUAUACUGGUUAUAACAUUACUAUUAACAGCUUCUAAUGUGUUAAGUAUAUCAUAUCCUACCACCAACCCUUGUACAGUUCUAGUCGAUGAAAAGGCAGAAAUUUCUGCGGCCAAAAGUACGAUAGCGGACGCGAAUCGGUCACCGGCAGUGAGCAAUUUCCCUGGACGGCCCAAACCGUCCAGCAGUAGCAUCAAUCCAGCCGAUUCGCCGUCGCUGAGUUCCGCUUCCACAUCGUCCGCGACGUCAUCUUCGUCUUCAUCAGCGGCGUCCACAGCGCCGGCCAACAGCAAUAGCAAUAACGCCAAUGCCAACAAUAACAACAACAACAAUGCAGGAGGUGCACGAACAUUCCCAGCACGAAGUUUCCCACCGGAUGGAACCACCUUCGCCCAGAUAAACCUGGGCCAGCGGCUCGCCAAGGAAAUUGCCCCGUACAGCUACUGGAACAUGCAGUUCUACCAGUCGGAACCGGCCUACGUCAAGUUCGACUACGGGAUACCGCGGGGCGCCUCGAUCGGAGUGUACGCACGGCGCAAUGCACUGCCCACCCACACCCAGUACCACUUCAAGGAGGUGCUCAGCGGUUUCAACGCCCGCCAGACACGUGCCGCCAGUCAUCCGCUAAUGCGUCGGGAAGUGACCCGGUACAUGGAACCCGGCCACUGGUUCCUGUCGAUCUACAACGACGAUGGCGAUGCCCAGGAGAUUACGUUCUACGGGCUCGUGGCCGAGGAUAUGACCCAGAACUGCCCGAACGGAUGCUCCGGCAAUGGUCAGUGCCUGUUGGGGCACUGCCAGUGCAAUCCCGGUUAUGGAAGUGACGAUUGUAGUGAAAGUGUCUGUCCCGUUCUUUGCUCCCAACGAGGUGAAUACAUCAACGGCGAAUGCCAGUGCAAUCCGGGCUGGAAGGGCAAGGAAUGUUCGCUGCGGCACGACGAGUGCGAGGUCCCUGAUUGCAACGGCCAUGGGCACUGCGUCAGCGGCAAGUGUUCGUGCGUGCGCGGCUACAAGGGAAAAUUCUGCGAAGAAGUGGACUGCCCGCAUCCGACCUGCUCCGGCCAUGGGUUCUGCGCCCAGGGAACGUGCAUCUGCAAGAAAGGCUGGAAGGGUCCGGACUGUGCCACCAUGGACCAGGAUGCGCUGCAGUGUCUUCCGGAUUGUUCCGGCCACGGAAGCUUCGACUUGGACACGCAAACCUGUACCUGCGAGCCGAAGUGGAGCGGCGAGGACUGCUCGCAGGAGCUGUGCGAUCUGAACUGCGGUCAGCAUGGGCGCUGCGUGGGCGACAGCUGCACCUGUGAUCCCGGCUGGGGUGGCGAAUUUUGCAACAGCAAACUGUGCGAUCCGCGCUGCAACGAACACGGACAGUGCAAGAACGGAACCUGUCUGUGCGUGACCGGAUGGAACGGCAAACACUGCACCCUGGAAGGAUGUCCGAAUGGCUGCUCACAACAUGGCCAGUGUCACGUGAGUGGAGAACUGAUGUGGGAGUGUCGUUGCUACGAAGGCUGGGAUGGCAUUGAUUGUUCCGUACCACUCGAGCAAAACUGCGGCGAUAACAAGGAUAACGAUCGAGAUGGCCUUGUCGAUUGCGAGGACCCCGAGUGCUGCGGAAGUCACUCGUGCAAAACCAGCCAGCUCUGUGUCUCAGCUCCGAAGCCGAUCGAUGUUCUACUGCGGAAGCAACCACCCGCCAUUACGGCGUCCUUCUUCGAGCGCAUGAAGUUCCUGAUCGACGAAGGUAGCCUGCAGAACUACGCCAAACUAGAGACGUUCAACGAAAGCGUUUUUUGGAAUCAUUUUAACGCAAGUCGCUCUGCUGUGAUCCGAGGUCGUGUGGUAACGUCCCUACAGAUGGGCCUGGUGGGUGUCCGCGUAAGCACAUCGACGCCACUAGAAGGAUUCACUCUGACGCGGGACGAUGGAUGGUUUGAUUUGAUGGUCAAUGGAGGAGGAGCGAUAACGUUACAAUUUGGAAGAUCACCUUUCCGGCCACAGACGAGGAUUGUUCAAGUUCCGUGGAAUGAAGUGGUCAUCAUCGAUACCGUUAUCAUGUCCACUAUCGACGAUAAGGAAAGGACUGGACCACCCCAUACAUGUUUCUCACACGAUUACGAUUCGAUGAAGCCGGUAGUUUUGGCAACAUGGAAACAUGGAUUCCAGGGUGCCUGUCCGGAUCGAUCUGCUAUUUUAGCUGAAUCACAGGUGGUACAGGAGUCGCUAGCCAUUCCCGGAACUGGCCUCAAUUUGGUCUAUCACAGCAGCCGAGCAGCCGGAUAUUUGUCUACGAUUAAACUACAGCUUACUCCGGACAUCAUUCCUCAAACGUUGAAACUCAUUCAUCUGAGGAUUACGAUCGAAGGAAUUUUGUUCGAACGAAUUUUUGAGGCGGAUCCUGGCAUCAAAUUCACUUACCCUUGGAAUCGUUUAAAUAUCUACCGACAACGUGUCUAUGGCAUAACAACCGCCGUCGUAAAAGUUGGCUAUCAGUACACGGAUUGUAAAGAUGUCAUCUGGGAUGUCCAGACCACUAAAUUGAGUGGUCAUGAUAUGAGCAUUUCGGAAGUUGGUGGAUGGAACUUGGAUAUUCAUCAUCGGUACAACUUCCACGAGGGUAUUUUGCAAAAGGGAGAUGGUUCGAAUAUUUACUUGAAGCACAAACCACGUGUCAUUUUAACGACAAUGGGGGAUGGUCAUCAACGUCCUCUGGAAUGCAGUGAUUGCAACGGUAUUGCAUCCAAACAACGCCUUUUGGCUCCGGUCGCCUUGGCCGCUGCACCAGAUGGUAGUCUGUAUGUUGGUGACUUCAACUACAUCCGAAGAAUUAUGAUCGAUGGAACAGUUAAAACCGUUGUUAAAUUGAACGCCACUCGAGUUUCGUACCGCUAUCAUAUGGCACUGAGCCCUCUGGAUGGUUCACUGUACAUUUCUGACCCUGAAUCUCAUCAAAUCAUCAAAGUUAGGAACAAGGACGACUCACAUGAUCCCGAACACAACUGGGAACCCGUGGUCGGUAGCGGAGAACGUUGCCUUCCAGGAGAUGAAGCUCAUUGCGGAGAUGGUGGCAUGGCACGUGAUGCCAAGUUGGCUUACCCGAAGGGAGUAGCUAUCUCAUCGGAUAAUGUGCUCUACUUUGCUGACGGUACCAAUAUUCGAAUGGUAGAUCGCGACGGAAUCAUUAGCACACUCAUUGGUAAUCACAUGCACAAAUCCCACUGGAAACCUGUCCCAUGUGAGGGAACCCUCAAGAUUGAAGAAAUGCACCUUCGUUGGCCAACCGAACUAACCAUCAACCCGUUGGACGAUACGCUACACAUCAUCGAUGAUCACAUGAUCCUACGCAUGACUCCGGACGGCCGAGUUCGAGUGAUCGCUGGAAGACCUCUACACUGCGCGUCAGCCGCACCAACCACGAUCGAUUCCGAUCUUGCUGCUCAUACAUCCCUGGUUAUGCCUCAAAGUAUCGCAUUUGCACCCACCGGUGAUCUUUACGUAGCCGAAAGUGAUUCGCAGCGUAUCAACCGAAUCCGAGUUAUCGGAACCGAUGGCAAAGUCGCUGCCUACGCCGGCGCCGAAUCCAAAUGCAACUGUCUGGAGCGAGGAUGCGAUUGCUACGAGGCCGACCAUUACUUAGCUAUUAGUGCCAAAUUUAACACCAUUUCAGCCAUCACAGUUACACCCGAUGGUCACGUACACAUUGCCGAUCAAGCCAACUAUCGCAUUCGAUCGGUUAUCUCAAGUCUUCCCGAAGCCGGUACUUCCAAGGAGUACGAAAUCUAUGCUCCAAACUCGCAAGAGAUUUACGUAUUCAACCGAUUUGGCCAACACAUCGCAACUAAGAAUAUUAUGACUGGAGAGACGACCUACAGUUUCCUGUACAACGUCAACACUUCGAACGGAAAACUGAGCACAGUCACUGAUGCCGCUGGAAACAAAGUAUUCCUGCUGCGUGAUUACACAUCUCAAGUCAACUCGAUAGAAAAUACUAUGGGACAAAAAUGCCGCCUACGAAUGACCCGAAUGAAGAUGCUGCAUGAGAUCAGCACCCCGGAUAACUACAAUGUCACCUUCGAUUAUCAUGGUCCAACUGGUUUGCUCAAAACCAAGCUGGAUUCAACGGGACGCUCGUACGUGUACAACUACGAUGAAUUUGGACGCCUUACUUCAGCCGUUACUCCAACUGGUAAGCAGAUCGACCUCACUUUUGACCUUAGCGUUAAGGGUGCUACUGUUAAAGUAACGGAAAAUUCACAACGUGAAGUGUCUAUGUUGAUACAAGGAUCAUCGGUGGUCUCACGUGCUGGAGAAGCUGCAACCAAAACUACAGUACUGGUUGAUGGAGGAACCACCAGCGUCAGUCCGUGGGGAAAUACCGUAUCGGUUGAAUCUGUACCUUACAUCUUGUUGGCCGAAAUCGAUCCUUUGCUUGGGGAAAGCUAUCCGGUACCAUCAAAACAACGCACCGAAAUCAAUGGGGAUCUUUCAAAUCGAUUCGAGUGGAGAUAUUUCAUUCGUCACGUACCAGUGCGAGGCAAAAAUUCUCGAGCCAUUACUCAAGUCGGCAGGAAACUUCGUGUCAAUGGAGAGAACCUGCUGACAUUUGAAUAUGAGAAGGAUAGCUCUUCAAUCACGGUUUCGGUGGAUGAUAAAACUGAUCUGCUGAAUGUAACCUACGACAAAUCUUCACGUCCAAUUGCGUAUAGACCUCAAUCCGGUGAGUAUGCCGAUGUUGAUUUGGAGUACGAUCGUUUCGGACGUUUGAUUUCAUGGAAGUGGGGUAACCUAAAGGAAGAGUACACUUUCGAUCGGGCUGGUCGACUGAAUGAGAUCAAAUAUGGAGACGGUAGUUCGAUGGUGUAUGCCUUCAAGGAUACGUUCAGUAGCCUCCCGUUGAAGGUAACAACACCUCGCCGGUCGGAUUAUCUGUUGCAGUAUGACGAUGCCGGAGCUUUGCAAUCGUUAACAACUCCACGCGGUCACAUCCAUGCUUUCUCGCUGCAGACUUCACUAGGAUUCUUCAAGUAUCAGUACUUCUCACCCAUCAAUCGCCAUCCGUUCGAGAUUCUCUACAAUGAUGAUGGACAGAUACUGGCAAAGAUUCACCCGCAUCAAUCCGGAAAAGUAGCAUUCGUGUAUGAUAACGCAGGAAGAUUGGAGACUAUUCUUGCUGGACUUUCUUCAACACAAUACACAUACCAGGAGAGUACGGGUCUGGUUAAAAUGGUUGAAGUACUCGAGCCAGGUUUUGAGCUAAGAAGAGAGUUUAAGUACCACGCAGGAGUGAUGAAGGAUGAAAAGUUGAAAUUCGGAUCGAAGAGUGCUUUGGCAUCAGCUCAUUUCAAGUACCAAUACGAUGGCAAUGCGAGGUUAAGCGGAAUCGAAAUGGAUAUCGACGGAAAGGACUUGCCGAUUAUGCGAUUUAAGUAUGGUCAGAGUUUAGGAACUUUGGAUGCCAUCAGUGAUCUUAGGAUUACGAGAAACGCUUUCAACAGAACUGUGGUUCAAGAUACGUCGAAACAAUUCUUUACGAUUACUGAUUUCGAUGAACAUGGUCGAGUUAAGAGCGUGCUGAUCAAUAUCAAAUCAUUCGAUGUGUACCGGUUGGAGUUGGACUAUGACCUGAGGAACAGGAUCAAGACACACAAGGUAAUGGUAGGCCGUGUUACAUCGCUGGAUAAAGUCAACUACAAUGCUGAUGGUCUCGUUAGCGAAGUUGUGGGAACCAAUAGCUGGAAAUACCUGUACGAUGAAAAUGGUAAUAUUAUCGGAAUUAUGGAGCAGGGUGACAAAACGAAUCUCGGAUACGAUACGGGCGAUCGAGUCGUUCAGAUUGGAGAUGUGGAGUUCAACAGCUACGAUGCUCGAGGCUAUGUGGUUCGUCGAGGAGAGCAAAAGUAUCGUUAUAACAACCGAGGUCAGCUAAUUCAUGCUAUGGAACGCGAUCGGUUCCAGACAUGGUACUUCUACGACGAUAUGGGCCGACUGGUAGCUAGCCACGAUGAAAAGGGUAAUGUAACGCAGUACUUCUACGCCAACAUCAACGCACCUGAGCUCAUCACUCAUGUUCAUUACCCGAAAGUAUCAAAGACGUUUAGAUUCCUGUACGAUGAUCGCGAUAUGUUAGUUGCGGUGGAAACCGGCGAACAACGCUACUACGCUGCAACUGACCAAAAUGGCUCUCCGAUUGCAUUCUUCGACAUCAACGGAAAUAUAGUGAAAGAAGUUCGACGAACGCCGUUCGGUAAAAUCGUUAAAGAUUCCAAUCCGGACUUUUUCAUGCCUAUCGAUUUCCAUGGCGGAUUGUUGGAUCCUAAUACUCGUCUGGUGUACAUGGAGAAGCGAUUGUACGAUACAUCAGUGGGCCAAUGGAUGACCCCGUCCUGGGAACAGCUGGCUACAGAAAUGCGUCUGCCAACGGAUGUGUUUAUCUAUCGUUUCCAUAACAAUGAUCCCAUCAAUCGAAAGGAACCGAUGAACUACAUGAAUGAUCUGAAGUCCUGGUUGAGGUUGUUCGGUUACGAUAUGACCAAAAUGCAAGGAUCCAAAUACACGAAGGAUAUGAUCUACCGACCGAAGGCGAUGAUCAAGUCACCACAGCUAGCACCCGAUUUCGGUGUCAUGUCCGGAUUGCAAUGCAUCGUUGAAAAGGUUGACGAAAAGUUCUCGGACUUUGGCUUCGUUCCAAAACCGCUGCUGAAGAUGGAACUGAAGACCCGGAAUCUGCUGCCUCGAGUAUCCUAUCGCCGCGGCGUGUUUGGCGAAGGUGUUCUCAUAUCACGCAUUGAUGGUCGUGCUUUGGUUAGUGUGGUCGAUGGAUCAAACAGCGUUGUCCAGGAUGUGGUUUCAUCGGUCUUCAACAGCUCCUACUUCUUGGAUCUUCACUUCAGCAUCCACGAUCAGGACGUGUUCUACUUUGUGAAGGAUAACAUAAUGAAGCUGCGAGAUGACACCGAAGAGCUGCGCCGUUUGGGAGGUAUGUUCAAUAUAUCGACGCAUGAUAUCAACGAUCAUGCAGGGGCAAAUGGUAAGGAACUUCGGCUUCAUGGACCAGAUGCGGUUGUGAUCAUCAAAUACGGUGUAGAUCCCGAGCAAGAGCGGCACCGAAUUCUCAAGCAUGCUCAUAAACGAGCCGUCGAGAGAGCGUGGGAGCUGGAGAAGCAAUUGGUCGCAGCCGGAUUCCAGGGGCGUGGUGAUUGGACGGAGGAAGAAAAAGAAGAGCUCAUAUCUCAUGGUGAUGUUGAUGGAUGGAUUGGAGUCGACAUUCAUAGCAUACACAAGUAUCCGCAGCUGGCGGAUGAUCCCGGAAAUGUAGCCUUCCAGAGGGAUUCCAAACGAAAACGACGGAAGAGCGGAAGCCAUAAAACGCUAAGGGCACACAGGCAUGAGAGUUCGUGAAAUAGUUCGCAAGCAACGCCCACAACACUACUAGCGUAAUGUAAUAAACGAUCGAUCUGUGAAGUUUUCCAAAAAAAAAGCUGAAAUAAGUAAAUUUCAAGGAAUGCUCUCUUUUUAAAGGAAAAUUCUUUCUCCGAGAACUGAUUUGAAGAAAGAGAAGUAAAUAUUAGAAAUAUUGUGAUACAUAGAUUUAUUUUGGAUUAUUUUCGUAGGAUUAAAACAAUGACAAGCAAACGUGGACAAGAUGGAAGUUGUAGAAAUCGUAACAAGUGAAUCUACAGCUGGGCAGAAGGCUUUCUCAUUCAUGUCAAACCAAAAACAAAUCAAUAAACACGAAUUUUAUCAGACAACCGUGCAGCAAUUGCGCUCCCAACUCACACUGAGGACAUAUUUUUGUACAAAUACUUCCAAAAAUAAAAGCAAACAAAUACCAUAUGGUUUCCGCCAUGUUGUGAAUGUCGCCCACUACUAUACAACAUCCUAUAAAAACCAAAAGACCCCCGCCAGGCUUCAUCAGAGCAGUUCAAAACAAAAAUCUUCCCCAAUCACCACCGCCACGCCACCGUUUCAUAUGGAUACCAGCACCUAGCGCAGUUAGUUAAUAGCAGAAAUACAAAGCAAAAACAACAAUAACUGUUUUAGAUAAACAACAGAAAAACGAUAAACAUGAUAACCAAAACUAUAUCGAACGAAAGAAACACAAAAUCAAAACACCCAAUCCAAGCAACCGACGGACAGCAAAUUCACAAAAAUCAUGACGCAAAAGCGGAACAAACAUACAAAACCAGAAAUGCAAGAGCCGUACGUAGUUCGUCUGUAGUAAAAAAAGGGAAAUAAAUAAACAAAAGUAAAACAGUAGAACGCACUAUCAUUUUAUAACAUUUGCGGAGACGGGAUGAGAAAGAGUUAAGAAAAAACAGAGAAAAAAACAGAAAAAAAACUUAUUCAAAAAUGAAAAGUGUAGUUAAUUAGAUGAAAAUUAAAUGUGAAUAAUUGUGAAUGUCAUUUAGCAAGUAAGAUUGCUGAAAUUUUAAAUAACAAUGUAAAAUAAACGGAGAAAAAAUCGAAAGCAUAAAGGCCGAACAGUUAAAAGUAGUAGAAUUUGAAAUUUGAAUAAACUUAAUGAAGGUAAAAAAAAAACUGCAUGCGAAUGGUGGUGAAGCUCUAAAUUCGGUGUUGUGCAAACGGUGCCAUUCAAAACAACAUUGUUACAAACACUAGUCGUCGCGAUGUCAAAUGAACGAAGAGGCGUGGCUCUUGCUCUUAAUUUUUUUUACAAGAAACGAGUAAGAGCUCUGUCCCAUGAGAGUAUUUGACUUUGAUAACAAACGCCCGUAAGUGAGUUGAAACGAAUACAGAAAUCAGAAAUUUAAAAUACAUAAUUACUAACAAAAUCGACUGACUGAGAAAUCUUGAAUAUAAAAGAAAAGUACCACAGGAUCCGCUAAAUGGAAGCGAAGUACGAGGGUGUGCCAUAUGAGAGAAAAUAAUAUAAACUUAAACGAGUAAGGAAGCAAGUCUGCGCGCGAAAGAGACAGGAAGGGGAUACAUAAACAGAAUCUUAGGCUGAUGUCAUGCUGAAGCAACUAGCAACGCAACGCAACGCAACGUUCCAAUAAGAUUGCGUUGCAACGCAUUGGUAUGUCAUGCUGGCGCGACCUGUGACUUUGAAAUUCCCUACAAAUCAUCACUUCUCUACAUCUGAUAAUGCUUUGAAUCGUCUCCUUUCUUUCGGGAGCCAUCAAAAACUCAUCAAAUCACGACCCGGAUUGCAAGAAUGCCAAAAUUUGAACCGACAAAAUUCCUUGUUUUUUUUGCCGGAACUAAGAAUUCAUGAAAAUUUUCUCGCCGAUUAAGAUAUUUUUUAGUUUAUUAUCACAAGUUCGGACAGAUCUUCGUACUAUUGUGCUUAAAACCCGGAAUCACUGCUUCAAAUCGAGAAAAAACAAUAUUCCUAUUGGAUUUCCUACUAGUCGCGCUACUAAACACAUUGGCAUCAGAUUGGUCGCGCUACAUAAAGCGACCAGUAUGACAGGUCUGCGCGAUUUCCAUGGAGAUCAAAUGAGAGCUGGUUAGUCGUGUGAACGUUGCGUUGUAGGUCGCGUUGCUAGUUGUUUCAGCAUGACAUCAGCCUUACCCGUAAAAAGAAAGCAAAAGAAGACGUAGUAGGCCAUGAGAAGAAAGUUGUACAGUAAUCCUAGUGACCUAUCGAAGUAAUAAACAACAACAUGGGAAGUGAGAAUGAUUAAAAAGAAAACAAAGAAAUUGUAGUGAAAUCUUCUCCUUAUGCUAACAAUUUUAGUGAUGAAAACCGUAGUAGUAGGCCAUGGAGUUAACUCGGCCAUCCAAAUCUAUUUAAUGGAAAAGAGAAACCGUUGACAGAGCUAAACGUGUAUUAGUAGUAUAGAAUGUCAAAAAAAUAGAAGAGUGGCUUUUAAGUUUUAGCACGUAUGAGAAAGCUAUUUUACAUUUUUGACUUUCGUUCUCAAAAAGACGAGCUUAAUAUGAUGAGGAAAAAGAAUACUGAUUUAAAUUUUACGAAACAAUAACGAAAUCACACACACAAAUCCGUCUUGCUUCCUAAUUUUAAACUGAAUAAUAAUAUAAACGAAAUCUGCAAAAAAACAUGUGUCGAUAUAAAAAUGAACAUACACUACUCAAUAGGUUGUCACAAAACAAGUAAAAUCUCUCUCAUUUCUUGGCUUCUACAGGGUAUUUGUAAUAAAGAAUCUAAUACAAUGCGAAAACCAUAACAAUAGAACAUCUGGAGAGUCAGAAAAGAGAAUAAAAAAAUAAGGAACAGAAAAAAACUGAAAUCAUCCAUGACAUACUAGAAAUAACAGAAAAGAGAAAAAAAAACAGUUGGCGAUGAUACCAAAAAUAUUCAAAGUACUAACGGAAAUUGCUUUUGCGUUUGCGUUGUUUACUUUUUUAAGUUGUACGUGUAAUGACUCCAUGACAACACAUACUCAUGUUGCAACCAGAAUACACAUGCACUUGCAGUUGCUUUCUCAAAUAGAAUCUUAGUUUGGAAACCAACAACAGAUCUACACGAAUACUCGCUUGGAAAAUUCCCCUACUAACUACACUCACAACCACACAGAUAUAUACACAGAAUACAAAUGACGCUUAUUUGAUUUCUCUACUCAGUUUAGCGUAUAGAGAGCAAUUAUUUUUAGUCUCUUCAUACAGUUGAUUGUUUUUCCAACCGAUUGUCAAAAACCCUCCGGACUGUAGCGAAAUUGAAAAUUAACUUCAAGAAAAAUAAACUUGUUAUACAUGACGAUUUUCGAUCUGAUGAAACAUGGAGAAUGGAAAAAUCAGAACGAAUUCAUCCGUACAAUCUCAACUUCUGUAAAAUGUGUAGAAUUCUAGCAAACAAAUGAAUAGAAAAAAAUGCGAAUCGAAAAAGCAAUAACAGAACUAGUAUGACACUACCUUCGUUAUUGUAGUGCUUUUGUUUAAUUAUUGUUUUGCCAGCAUUUAAGCUGCAAACAGCGCAUAGCCAGAAAAUUUACAACAACAAAAAAUGUGCAAUCAAAGAUAAAAGGAUUUUUUAAACCUUUCUGACGUCACAACAGUACUUCUUGUGUGAACGAGUCACGCUUUCAUUCUGUUUCACCAUUUGUUGAGAACAAAUUAAAAUCGGUCAGAAAACAAAAAUCUGUAGAAAUCUGUACAUAAAUGGUUUUGCAAAAACAAAAACAAUAAUCUGUAUAUUUAUUUACCCCUUAAAUUAGGCUUGUGUAACUCAUUGAAACUUUUUGUUCCUCUAUUGGAUUAUUUCGCAACUGAUUUUGCUCAGUUGGAUCGUUACUGUAAAUAGUAAAAGACACAUACACAAUCAUUACCGACUUUGCACUUGCCGCAUUGAUUGUUGGGUGAGUCAAGCAAAUUAGGUGCCCACUCGAACAUGAAAAUCUCAGCCAGAGUGAAGGAAAACAAAUAGUGAUCUGAAACCAAAACUAAAUUUUCAAUUCCUUUCCCAUCUUCUAAAAUUAAAAAAAAAACAAAUUUCGUUAGAAUCGGUGAAUCAUCUUAAACACCUAGAAAAAAAACAAUACAA